GGACCCUGUCGCGCGAGAUUCCGACGCGCCCGGCCGGCGCUUCCCACGCUUCCUCCGCUUCCUCGUGGCAGCGGAUUCUCAACGAGGAGCUCGGACUGAAAGAGAGGAGCGCGCGUUCGAACCUCUCCGCGGAGCUGCUUUGAUCUUCGCAUAGUUCUCAGCCUCUCUCGCUUCCUGCUGUCCUCUCUGCCUCCACCACAUCCAUGAUAGUGGUGUUCAAAGGACUUCUGCUCACCUCACAGUUCCUGCCAGUUUCCUCUUUUUGCAGCUCGUGGAACCUCCUAGUUUACUUUCUCAGCCACCCAUUUAUCAGCAGAGGUAAACAAAUGGCGGCCGGCGAUCCAGAGUUUUCGCUGAAUUUCUGAAGAGUGCGCUCCUGCAUUUUUUUUUCAUUCAGGCGUGUUUGUGUUGUUCAGUCUGAGGCGGGUUUUACCGGCGGUCCCUUUUUUGUUUUUUUUUCCCUCUCUGAUCGGUGGACCCCCGGUUUCUUUUUGCCCGCAUCCUGGAACACAAUCGGACUGGCAUGCUUUUGAGGCCCACCGUGCCGGGCCUGUGCGCGAUGUUGCAGACGAUUUACGAGACGGAAUCCUGCUUCUCCGCGGACGCGGUGUCCAGCCGGGAGCAGCCCCUGGAGCUGCUGUCCAGGACCCGGAUACCUGCAGCCCCCAACACCGUGGAGGUGAAGACGUCUCUCCCGGUGGGCAUGCAGAGCCCGGGCGGCGGGGGCGAGCAGGGGGGCGGGAGCGGGGGCGGGGGCGGGCCCGUGGACCUGCGGGCCGACCCCCGGCUCAUCGACACGGCCCUGCGUGAGCAGCAGCUGCAGCAGGAGCUGCUGCUCCUCAAGCAGCAGCAGGAGCUGCAGAAGCAGCUGCUCUUCGCCGAGUUCCAGAAGCAGCACGAGGUCCUCACGCGCCAGCACGAGGUGCAGCUGCAGGAGCACCUCAAGCAGCAGCAGGAGAUCCUGGCGGCCAAGCGGCAGCAGGAGCUGGAGCAGAAGAGGAAGCUGGAACAGCAGAGACACGAGGAGCUGGAGAAGCAGCGGCUGGAGCAGCAGCUCAUCAUGCUGAGGAACAAGGAGAAAGGCAAAGAGAGUGCGAUAGCUAGCACAGAAGUGAAGUUAAAGCUCCAGGAGUUUCUCCGCAGCAAAAAAGAGCCGUCCUCCGGCGGACUGAACCAUUCCUUCCCUCAGAAAUGCUGGGGCGCUCACCACACCUCUCUGGACCAGAGCUCUCCUCCACAAAGCAACACUCCCGGGACACCCCCCUCCUACAAACUGCCCCCCCUGCUGGGCGCUUACGACGGCAAGGAUGACUUCCCCCUCCGCAAGACAGCCUCUGAGCCCAACCUGAAGGUGCGCUCCCGCUUAAAACAGAAGGUGGCAGAGAGGCGGAGCAGCCCGCUGCUGAGGCGGAAGGACGGCACGGUGAUCAGCACCUUCAAGAAGAGAGCCAUCGAGAUCACAGUGUCCUCCAUGUGUAGCAGUGCCCCAGGCUCGGGGCCCAGCUCCCCCAACAGCUCCAACAGUGCCAUCGCCGAGAACGGCUCCAGCGGCUCCGUCCCCAACAUCCCUGCAGAGCAACUACGCUCCCAUCACCAGACUCUGAACGCAGACAGGACGACCAGCCAGCUCAGCCUUUACACCUCCCCGUCGCUCCCCAACAUCUCCCUGGGCCUCCCCGCCAACUCACACAUUGCCGCCCCGCAGAAGCUGUCAGCCCAGCAGGAGGCGGAGCGGCAGGCUAUCCAGACCAUGCGGCAGGGCGGCGCCCUGACGGGGAAGUUUGUCAGCGCCUCGUCCCUGCCGGCCUGCCUGCCCCCGGGGGUGGCGCACGACGCCGAGCCCCCCGCCACCAACAGCCACAGCCACUCCUCCCUGCUGCAGCACGUCUUGCUGCUGGAACAGGCCCGCCAGCAGAGUGCACUGCUCGCAGUCCCUAUCUACGGGCAGUCUCCGCUGGUGACGGGCGAGCGGGUUUCCCCCAACAUGCGCACGGUCAACAAGCUGCCCCGCCACCGGCCGCUGAGCCGCACCCAGUCGGCGCCCCUGCCCCAGAGCCCCCAGGCCCUGCAGCAGCUGGUCAUGCAGCAGCAGCACCAGCACUUCCUGGAGAAGCAGAAGCAGUACCAGCAGCAGAUCCAGCUCAACAAGAUGCUCUCCAAAGGCGGCGAGCUGCCCCGCCAGCCCCCCACCCACCCGGAGGAGACGGAGGAGGAGCUGACGGAGACGGCGGAGAUGCAGGAGGAGAGGGGCGAGGGGCCGGAGCCUCCGGGCGGGGCGCCCCCCGCGCCUGAGCACCAGCACCGGCAGGACGUCUCGGGGGACGUGACGCCCCCUCUGGAGCACCCGCUGGCGCUGAAGGGCGGCAGUACGGAGAGCGAGGUGGAGGAGGACGACGAGGACGACGAGGCCAUCGAGCUGAAGGAGUGCGACGAGGAGGGCGACCCCUACGGCCAGUUCCCAGACCAGCAGCACCUGCAGCAGCUCAACGUGUUCCAGGCAUCCCUGUCCAUUACUGGCAUGCCCCACAGGCCUCUUGGAAGGGCACAGUCCUCGCCGGCCACAGCCAGCCUCAAGGGCGCCCCCACUGGUGAGCUGUGUGUCAAGCACCUCUUCACAACAGGGCUGGUAUAUGACACCUUCAUGCUCAAACACCAGUGCAUGUGUGGGAACACUCAUAUUCACCCAGAGCACGCCGGAAGGAUCCAGAGCAUCUGGUCCCGCCUGCAGGAGACAGGACUGCUUAACCGAUGCGAGAGGAUUCGAGGCAGAAAGGCCACGCUGGAUGAGAUCCAGACAGUCCACUCGGAGCACCAUACUCUCCUCUACGGCACCAGCCCGCUCAACAGGCAGAAGCUGGACAGCAAAAAGCUCUUAGGUCCAAUCAGCCAGAAGAUGUGCGCCCUCCUGCCCUGUGGAGGCAUUGGGGUGGACAGCGACACGGUGUGGAACGAGAUGCACUCCUCCGGCGCGGUGCGGAUGGCCGUGGGCUGCGUCAUCGAGCUGGCCUUCAAGGUGGCCGCCGGAGAGCUGAAGAACGGUUUCGCGGUGGUGCGACCCCCAGGACAUCACGCAGAGGAGUCCACUGCCAUGGGCUUCUGUUUCUUUAACUCGGUGGCCAUCACAGCCAAGCUGCUGCAGCAGAAGCUCAGCGUGGAAAAGAUCCUCAUCGUGGACUGGGACAUCCAUCACGGCAACGGCACGCAGCAGGCCUUCUACAGCGACCCCAACGUGCUGUACAUCUCCCUUCAUCGCUACGACGACGGGAACUUCUUCCCCGGCAGCGGGGCCCCAGAAGAGGUGGGGGCCGGUCCGGGAGUGGGGUUCAAUGUGAACAUUGCGUGGACAGGGGGUGUGGAGCCCCCCAUGGGAGACGUGGAGUAUCUGACUGCCUUCAGGACGGUGGUGAUGCCCAUUGCAAAUGAGUUCUCUCCCGACGUGGUUCUGGUGUCGGCUGGGUUUGACGCUGUGGAGGGUCACCAGUCCCCAUUGGGUGGAUACUCCGUCACGGCCAAGUGUUUCGGCCACCUCACCCAGCAGCUGAUGACUUUAGCGGGCGGCCGCGUGGUCUUGGCGCUGGAAGGAGGGCACGACCUCACCGCCAUCUGCGACGCCUCCGAGUCCUGCGUGUCUGCGCUCCUGGGAGACGAGCUGGACCCGCUGCCCGAAGACGUCCUGCAGCAGAAGCCGUGCCCCAAAGCGACGGCGUCGCUGGAGAGAGUCAUCAAGAUCCAGAGUAAGCACUGGAGCUGUCUGCAGCGCCUCGCCCCCACGGUGGGCCAGUCCAUGCUGGAGGCCCAGCACAGAGAGGAGGACGAGGCCGACACCGUGACCGCCAUGGCCUCGCUGACCGUGGACAAUGAGCUGGGCAUCGCCCGGGAGCCCAGCAGGCCUACAGAGGAACCGAUGGAGGAGGAGCCAGUGUUGUAGGGAGGGCCACUGUUUAUGGCGAACCUUUGCUUCCACAUCCUUGGUGAGCCUCCCCCUCACCCCUCACUGCCUCCCCCACCAAACCCUGCUCGUUUUGUCUGCGAUUGACCGACACGAGCCAGACCCGCCCGACCCUCGCCCUGAGCAGAGGGAGGGGUAGCCCGGGCGGAGAGACUGACAAGGCAGGCGCGCUUAGCCAAGGGGCGGACGGGCGGGAAGAAGCAGGAACUUCUGUUCCGUUCGUUUUUGGCAGGGGAAAGAAGUCGCAGCCGCGGUGACCGUGCUCUUUAAGCAGGAAAGGUCUUUCCUCUGACGCCAUUUUUCUGUACAUUUGAAACAAAAUGCCAACAGACACUUCAGCACACACAGACACCUAUACAAACACAGAAAGUGUCCCUAUACAGGGAGAAGUGGAAAACAGUUUUUUUUGUUUUAAUUUGUUGAAUCGACAAAUUGCUUUAUCUUGUGAGUGUGUCAAACCUUCUCUUAUUUCUGUGUUUGGUGGUAUAAUCGUUGAGUAAUCUGGAAAGAAGCACACAAACAUGUUUGAAUAGAAUAUAUGUAUCUGUAUUGGCUCAUGUAUGUGGUUGUGUGUGUACAGUAUACACAGUUUUGCAUAUACAGGAGACCCUUGGUAUUUGAAGGGCGAUGCAUUUGACAGAUUGCAAAUGCAAAAACUCACAACCGCUUCACUGUCACAAAAAGGAUUUUCUCAAUUCAAAAUUAUACAUUUUCAUUUUAAAGAAUGGCAAUAAAGAGGUGGUUAAUACCAAUAUUUAAGCAAUGAUACGUUGAUAAGUAUAUUUAUGUAAUAAUGGGCAGGGAGCAGAGAGUUCUGCCUGAUACAAAUACUGCAAAUGGUGAGUGUCUCCUGUAAAUGUGUGUGAUAUACAUACGGCAUAUUUGUUACUGUCUGUCUGACAGCUGUUGUUUUUUGAAUGUGGGAUCAGGUGAGGUUGAGCGGGGGGUAAACCAGUGACUCAGCAACCAGCCACAUAGGGGGGUGCACCCCAUUUCCAAGGUUUGCUUUUUUUGGACACCCCCC